UCAGGUACUAAUGAAGUACGAAGUACUAAGUACGAGUAUGAAGUAGAAAGUACGAGUACGUACCGGUAGAAUAAUGCCUUGCGAAGUUCGAAUAAUCUGAUUUCAUUUCGUCCUCCAUCAUUAAGCGAACGACAAAUGUGUGAUUUGUGAACACUUCAGCAUCUUCACAAACAGCUCCCAGUUACAGUACAGGACCAUUGCCUUUGCUUUGCGCCCUCCAACACUCAAAGAAUCAGCUUGGUAUUUAGUUCCGACCCCGGAUGAUAAGGGAAGGAGAUAACAACGAUGACACCGCCGUUGCAAAACGACAAGACCUUUGAURUUCCGAAACGGCUUCGAGGCAUGUUUAGUCCUAAAAGAGUGCAGGUGCUGAAGAAAAUGGGAGCCGGCGCUAUCAUUUCUUCCCUUCCUGUACUUGUGUGGUGGAAAUGGGCUAUUGAUCAGCGCAACAAACGUGCCGAAGACGUCCGAACGCGUGUCCGUGUUCCCAACGUCCAAACAAUCGAUGAUUUAAUGAUAGAGAGGUGCAGGCCGGGAGAUAUCCUUUUGUUUGACCGACGAUGGGAGCAUUGUGCCGCUGGUCCUUUGGCGGCUUUUGUCUGUGCCUUGGGACGGACUGUUUUGUGCUUUGCCGACAACAGUAAAGCCAUUGGGGAAGGAAAAUUUGACCAUUGUGGUACGUUCAUGUUGCGAGAUGUGUUUCAAAUCGUACAUCUUUGUAUCAAAUCAACGGAAGCCGCACAGACUUAAAUUUGUUAUUGCAUUGGUAACUACCAAAGACUGACUCUCAUGCGUUGUCUCUUUUUGGUUUGUUCUAGGUAUUGUUGUCCCGGGGUAUGUGAAACAUGAAAGUGAUAGAUACGAUCCAACCAAUUUACUACUGUUGGAAGCCACUGCUGCGGAAGGUAUCGUCGCCCGUCCGUUGUUGACCAGGUUGGAAAUGUCCGAAUCUCGCUCGGUUGUCUUGCUACCACUUGCAUUGCCUGGGGAAAGAAGAAAUGAUCAAUUUUAUGAGUCGUCGUCAAGCGUUAUCGCUACCGAACAAAUUGUCAAUAAAAAAUUAGAGGAAUUCCGAGACAAUUGGGUGAAAUUGUCGAAAACGAUGAACUAUUCCACAGCCCAUUCCACCCUGGGACUGAUUGGUGCAAUAGCCUACCUGUUAGGAUACCAUACUGCGAAUCCCGGCCCGACCUCUCCUUCGGCAUGGUUCGUUACGAAAGCGUUAGUCGACGCGAAAGUCGCCCAGAAUGUUUCUGAACGCUCCGCCAAGGAAGCAAAAGUCGAAGACUUUUUGAGAGACUACAGAUUUCAGGAUCAGGAUGUGAUUCGUCUGCGGCCGGGCUGGCGGUUUCUUGCACCCGUUUCGUUCCGAGAAACAUAACUGAUGAAACCUUUUUGUAUUUUCUUUUUAUUUCAACCAACAAAAGGAUUAACAAGGAAGUACCAAGACACAGAAAUUGCUUGGUUAUUUGUUGCAAAAUACUACUACGUUGUACAUUCCUAUCUUUGUCAAAAAGUAUCUGAGACACCAUUCGUCUUYCUCAACACCAGCGUUGACUAGUCAACAACAACGCAGCUUUGGUAAAAGAAGUGUUAGUAGUGCUGCUUCUUGCAGUAGGGCAAUGUCUGUUGCAAUACAACACUUAGCUUCACUGGUGCACCAUUACUUUUGAACGAUAGCGGAGAAUGAGACGGUUUGUUGUGAGUUACCAUAUCCUCUUGCAAAACAAUUAUGAAGAAAAACCAAAUUGCUGAUGAUCAUGAAGAAAAGCAGCAAUAUGUUACUGCAUGGUAGAUAAAAGUAGGGAUCCUUCAUAUGGAUUACCAUGUGGCUAUUACAAAACAAACAAUGAAAUAGAUGCYACUAUUAGCA